AUGGAAAUUUAUUAUUUAUUAAUUUAUAAAGAAAUGGAUUAUAAUAAAAUUAAUAAUACAUCAUCAAAUAUAUUUAAUGAGUCCUCUUAAUUCGAUUAAUCCAGAUAAGAAGAUGUUGUUAAUUUUUUAAGAGAACCAAAAGCGUCCAAGAAAUUAUCAUACUAGUAUCCAGUUGUAGAGGAAGCAUCUUCAUACUGGGAUCGAUUACUAGCAGGAAGAUUAGAUUCAAUCUCAUUAAUACCAACAACUAAAUGUGCAGUGUUUACUUUGUUCCUGAUAUCAUUUUAUAUGGGUUUGUUCGGAUUAAUUUUGUUUGGAGUCUCUACCAACAUAGUAGAAAUAAGGAUACCUUACGGUGAAGAAUGUGAUCAAUAAAGCUUUUGCAACAUUACAUUCUUUGUAGAUGAACUAAUGGCCACACCGGUUUAUGUGUAUUACGAGCUCUCCAACUUCUAUUCUAAUGAUCUAAAUUUCAUUAAGUCUAUCAAUAAGGAUUAGUUAAUGGGCUAUGACAUUGAUUAGGAGAAGUAUUGUCCCAAUGCUUACUUGCAAUCUCAGAUGAUUAGAUAAAAUAUCAGUGCUAGUGGCCAUCACCUGUAUUUUGAUAAGGCAAAUCCCUGUGGUUUGGCAGCCAAGUACAUUUUCAAUGACACCUUCUAUAUAAUGAACACAGACAAAUUGACAAUCAAUGUAACCAACCUGUUGUUGCCCAUGUAUAAGAAGCAAUUUAAAAGACAUGAAUAUUACUUCAAGCAGUGGUUAGAUGUAGAGAAUGAGUAGGUUGAAAGUUGGUUCAUACCCUAAGUGCAUUCAAGUAGAUUUAUUCUAUAUGGCAUAAUAAAUGGUAAUUUAAAUCAAGGAAGUUAUAAAUUCUAUGUGAACAAUUAGUAUCCAAUAUCAGUUUUUGGAGGAGAGAAGACACUCAUACUUUAGAGUGCAUCAGAAUUGGGAACCAAAGGUUUAACUAUAGGUUUAGUGCUUCUUGGAGGUAGUGGAUUAAGUGCAUUAUCCUCUCUAAUGUUGUUCAUGCUAAAGAGAAGUAAAUCUAAAACAUAGGUAUAACAAGAAUAAAUUUGA